AUGGCUUCGGAGCUAUUCAACCAAGCGGCCCUGGGCGCAGACCCUGCAUCGUCCGACCAGCCCGUCGUCAACCUCCAAGUGGUGUCGCCGUCGGUGGGCGUGAAUCGCCCUUUGCUCUUCCCUGGACUUGUGGCUACUACUACUAUCAAGCAGCUCAAGGAGAAGAUUCGACUGGCUCUCCCUUUGCGGCCGUCUGACGAAAACCAACGGCUCAUCUACCGUGGCCGAGCGCUUUUGCGCGACACUGAUAAUCUGCUAGAUGUAUUCGGCGCCGAGGCUCUUCGUAGCCCUGACCAACAGACAAUCCAUCUUGUCAUAAGAGAUGCUUCCGAUAGCGUAUCCUCAACGCCGUCUUUCUUGUCCGGGACCCAGAGCCCGGCCCCAGGAAACCAGCCUCCUAACCUUCAGCGCCAGACGCCUCCGCAUGCCGCUUUUAUGGGACCUCCUCCUCCACCCGGAAUGACAAGAAGAUCAGUGCUGCAACCGACUCCGAAUCCUGCCCUGUCUCAACCUCGGAUGCCAUCCCCAGCUCGCUCGCAUUCUCCGGCUCAUACUCCCGAACAGGCGGCGGCUUUUCAGCAGCAGCAUCAGAGCAUGACGCAAUGGCUUACACAGAUCCAGAGAGAGGCCAUGGCUCGGAUGGCUAACCAGAACCAGCGUGGGAGAGCCAACUUGGGCGUUCGCUCCGUCGGCGAGACCGUGGCUGCGAAUUUGGGAUACAACCUGGAGCCGAACAGCGGACGGGCAAGCCCGGCCCCGACGCACACAAUCUACCGCGAGACUAUUGGCCCCAACGGUCACAGCUAUCAUGUAGAGACUGUUGUUCGAAAUGCAGCGGGCGGUCCUUCAGCGGCUUCAACGCCAACCCACGGCGCACUGACUCCGACGGAAGUUCACGGUAUUCUGCGAGGGGCAGAUGCGAACCAGACUCCUAUGUCCAUGGCAAACGCACUGCACCAAAGCGGCUUGCGCCGAAGCGCAUCUAGUGCCUCGCUUCACAAUCGCCCGCUCACCCAACCAGGUAUUACUACUUCAGUCUUCGUCAACAGUGGCUCCCGAGCUAGCAGCGGUCGAGCCACGCCGGAUCUAGGGCUGAGAUCAAUUUCUGGCACGUUCAAUCCCGCAUCUAUGUCGGCGCCCUCGCUCGUUCCGCCUCAGUCGCGGCAAGGCGUUGAGGUGUAUAUUCUCUCAUCUCCAGAGGGACCCCGCGCGCUUGUUUUUAACAGUGCCGUGGCUGAGGCCUACUACACCCCUAGAAUGUACUUGCCGUCCAGUAAUCAUCAGCUCCGAAACAGGACCAGCUUUCCAAGCUUGAUUCACACGAUGCAGACGCAAAGUAGAGACGAUACCAUCCAUCAAACAUCCCGAGUCGACACAAGGCCGCCUGCUCAAAACCACCAGGCUCCAGCACCGCAGCCACAGCAACAACCGCCACGACAACAACAGCAGCAACAGCAACAACAAGAUGACCAGCAGCCUAGAAUAGUUCCUUUGCAUGCUGGCAACCCUCCUGCAGGCUUGCCGAAUCUGCUGGUACAGGCGGCCCCUCACAUCUGGCUCAUGAUUCGCCUUGCUUUGUUUGUGUGGUUCUUCAUGUCUCCCAACGCCUCCUGGUCGAGAUGGUUGACCAUAAUUGCUCUCGCAUUUUUCGUGUUUAUUCUCAGCACCGGACUGUUGGCUGGUGUUGCUGAGCAAGUCUGGCGGCCAUUAGGACGACAUCUCGAAAAUGUGUUUCCUGCAGUAGACCCUGCGCAAGCCAGACAAGGAGGAGCUGCAGGCCGUGACGACGCCCCUGGAGCGGACCAGAAUGGAAGCCCCAACCCUGCCCAGGUGGCCGCGCGGCUGGUUGCCGAGCGUCGAGGUCAAGAGUCUUGGCUCGUAGGGCAGCUGAGACGGCUAGAGCGAGCUGGUCUCUUGUUCCUUGCUAGCAUUGCGCCUGGAGUUGCAGAACGCCACAUUGCAAAUCUAGAAGCAGAGGCAAGAGCCCAAGAAGCUCGACGCAGAGAGGCUGAGGCGGCAGCGGCGGCAGCAGCAGCAGCAGCAGAAGCGGCCGCCGCAGAGAGCAGCGCUAACCAUGGCAACGAGGAUGCGCCCGAGACAAACGGAGGCGAAACCUCGCAGCAGCAACCCGGAGAGAAAGAUGGGCAGGACAGUCGUGAGAAUAUGGAGAGGGAGAAAGUCAUUCGAGAAGAAAUCUCUGCACUGUAA